UCUGCUUGAAGAACAUCAGGACAUUUUUGCACGCCUGCUCAGAGAUAUUCGGCAUGAAGAAGAGCGAGCUGUUUGAGGCUUUCGAUUUGUUUGACGUUCGAGAUUUCGGAAAGGUUAUGGACACACUGUCCAAACUCUCUCAUACACACAUUGCACAGCAGACUGGAAUAAGGCCGUUUCCCACAGAAGAGAGUGUUGAGGAUGAAGACAUUUAUAACCAUCUAGAGGAUCUGAUAGAUGAGAAUGGUGUUGAGGAUGAGGAAGAUCUCUAUGACUGUGUGUAUGAUGAUGAUGAGGGAGGAGAGGUGUAUGAAGAUCUGAUGAAGGUUGAGCUGGUACAACCACAGAAACAGGCCGAGACGGACAUCAGAAGCUGUUGUCUGAUGGAAAUCAAACAGACUGAGGAGAAAUACACAGAGACGCUGGACUCCAUAGAGAAAUUCUUUAUGAAGCCUCUGGGACAGUCACUGUCCAGUGUGGAGAUUGAAAAAGUGUUCAUCAAUAUACCAGACCUUGUGAAGGUGCACACGAGUCUUCUGAGAGAGGUCCAGGAUUCAGUGCUCAUGCAUAACGCCAGUAACCUGUUUCAGAUCUUUAUAAAAUACAAAGAAAGAUUAGUCCUGUAUGGGAAAUACUGCAGUCAAGUAGAAUCAGCCAUUUCGUGUUUGGAUGACAUCUGUAAGAACAGAGAGGACGUCAGGCAGAUGUUAGAGUUAUGUUCCAAACGAGCCAAUAACGGGAAGUUUACUCUGAGAGAUCUUCUGGUGGUUCCGAUGCAGAGAGUCCUGAAGUAUCAUCUACUUCUACAGGAACUGGUGAAACACACCCAUGAUGCCACAGACAAGAGUAAUUUACGGCAAGCACUGGAUGCCAUGAAGGAUCUGGCUCAGUAUGUCAACGAGGUGAAGAGGGACAUCGAGACUCUACGAGACAUCGACCAGUACCAGAAAUCUAUAGAAAACCUUAAUCAGUCUCUCCGUAACUACGGGAGACCGAAAGGUGACAGCGAAGUGCGAGUAGCUUCAGUCGACAAACGAGCCAAACAAGACAGGCACAUCUUUCUGUUCGACGCUGCCGUGAUCGUAUGCAAACGACGAGGAGAUAACUACGAGAUGAAGGAGGUGAUUGACCUCCACUCCUUCAAGAUCACCAACAACCCGACCUCAGAAAGAGAAAACCGAAAGUGGUGCCACGGAUUCUACCUCACACACAAUCAGGGUCAGAACGGCUUCGAGUUCUUUUUUAAAACCAAGGAGGUGAAGAAGAAAUGGCUGGAGCAGUUUGGCAUGGCAUUAUCGAACAUCUGUCCAGAGAGCGGGAAAAGUAAUUUCCAUGAGUUCCGCAUGCACACCUUUGAGACAACCACAUCCUGCAGCUCGUGUAAAAUGCUGCUGAGAGGAGUCUUCUAUCAAGGCUACCGCUGCUCCAAAUGUGGUGCGGGCGCCCAUAAGGAGUGUCUUGGUAGGGUGGAUGUUUGUGUCAGCAGUGCCGAUUCCAGCUCUUUCGGAUCUCAGAUUGGAAAAACACCCGGUCGUGGAGGAGACACAGGCCUCCCUAAGAUGAUGGUCAUCCGUAAUUACUAUGGGGUUCCAAGCCCCCUCUGUGGCCCACCGCUCAACAUCCAGGUUGGUGAUGUCAUCGAGGUGAUAGAGGCAAACGUCCGUAGCUGUUGGUGGAAGGGUAAAGUCCUGGCAACUAAAGAGGUUGGCUUCUUUCCAAGCGACGCCGUGAAGCCUUGCCCAUGUGUACCCAAACCUGUUGACUACUCUUCUCAGCCUUGGUUCGCAGGCCCAAUGGAGAGGCUGCAGGCAGAGGCAGCGCUGCUCAACAGGAGGAGCAGCACAUACCUGGUCCGUCACAGAAGCCGAGAGUUUAACGAAUAUGCCAUCAGCAUCAAGUACAACAACGACGUGAAACACAUCAAGAUCUUAACAAAGGAGGGACUCUUCCACAUUGCAGAAAACAGGAAGUUCAGAAGCAUUUUAGAGCUGAUCGAGUAUUACAAACAUCACUCUCUGCGGGAAGGAUUCAGGACACUUGAUACCACGCUGCAGUUCGCCUACCGAGAGCCGGAGAAUGGAGCCAACACCCCGCUGCUCUGCGGGCUGUCUUUUCUAACUCCCGCCGGCUACAGCUUUGUCCCCCCCUCUACCGCCCCAUUCUGGUCAGUGUUCACUCCUAAGGUGAUGGGUGUGGCGAUCGCCCGCUACGACUUCAGCUCUCGGGACACGCGGGAACUGUCUCUGCAGGAGGGCGAUGUGGUGAAGAUCUACAGCAAAACUGGAGCCAAUGGCUGGUGGAGGGGUGAAGUCAAUGGACGGGUGGGCUGGUUCCCCUCCACGUACGUAGAAGAAGGCGAGGAGUGAACGGCUCAGCGAACACGCACAAGAGAAAGGAAACGGAGGGAAAAAAUCAGACUGACUGAGUCAGAAAAAGGGCAAGAGAUUGGCCGCUCUCUCUGUGUCUUGUUUGUCUAUCCUGGAGGACGUGCAUGGGGUUUGAUAGAUGAAGGACUGUCUUUCAGGGAGCAGAUUAUCAAACACAACCCCAGACCGCAUCUUAAAAGACCCUUCCGGGUGCCUGGAUGGAGCGUCGCGGGUGAAUCUGGGCCUGAGACGGAAUGCCAGAAUCGGACUGAGGUUACGCCGUGAGCUAUUUCUGUAUGCGUGUGGCAGUUUGUCUGCUCAUGGGGAAACAUGUUUGUCCUGACCUUGCCUGAGUCCUGCUUACCUGCACUAUUAUUGAUGACGCCCCUCCCCGUGUCUGCGCUGCCCCGGAGGUGUUCUCACACACGGCCCACAAUCCCACCCAGCUAUUCUUCUCCGAUUAAGAUCAUAGCUCCCUGCCAUGUAGGCUGCGGUAAUUGAUUGCUGUCUCUUCCCGGUUUCUAUCCGACGAAAUCUCUCUUAUUUUCAGAUUUCCACUUUAAAGGAAGGACCGGUUGUUUUGUGCAUCGCGCGCUUAUCUCCAGAGAUACAUUGUGGGCUUGUCACGCCCUGUUUAUCUGAUUUGCACGCUACCGCAUCGUCGGGAAGAUGCGCAGCGAGACGUUGACAGGAAACAAAAGGGAUCGCGGUGACAGGCCUGUAAACAGCUUUUUCAGCAGGGGCCCACGGCCCCGAAAGCAUUGUGUCACCCCAUCCAGAAGGGAUUCUGCUAGAUAGCGCAGACAGUGCCUUCUCAAUCAACUAAUGAGGGGGAUUUACACACAUUUGCAAGAAGAAUUGACACAUUGCAAAACAAUGAGCUAGAUAAUUCUGUUUGAAAUCCACCAGUGGAUCAGAAGCCUUGAAUGUCUCUAGUGGUCGACCGACCGAUAUGGGUCCGUGUCCGAUAUCUAAAUUGCAGGGUGACCAAUACUGUGCAAAUAUAAUAUUUCAUAAAAAAACAAAAUAUAUAUAUAUAUCUCGAUUAGCUCACCACUAGAGUCACUGACAAAAUCUUUGGCCACGAGUUUGUAAGUCAUUUCUUCAUUGCAUCAAAAUAGGACAUUGUUCUGUGCUGUUGGAUGGGAUAUUGGCUGUUUUCACGUCCUGCUUCAUUUCCCUUUGGGACUCAUUCUUACAAGAUGUUCCAGUGCUGUAACGCACUAGGCCUGUCUGCAGCUACAUGUAGAUCUGCGUGCAAUCUGAACUGGCUCUAAACUGUGAUGAAAUGAAGUUUUCAGCGUGUUUAGACUGAGUUGAGAUGACAGACUCUAUAAUCGGAGAAAGGUCACAUCAGGAAACAGUCAAAGCGCUGGUUUGUCUCAAAUGGUUAGAUUAAAGUGCACUCACAAAGGAAUAUUUAUUUAUUUGUGAUCUAAGAAGAGACUUUGACAGGAAAAGACAUUCAAAAGGAAUACGGACAAAUGACUGAAAAGCUUCAAGCCAGUAGAGAACAGAAAUACACUCCUAUGUGCCUAUAAAGCAGUCCAAUGUAAAGCGUCUCCAUUUGUAUCUGGCUGUUCUUUCUUCACGUUAUGCUUUGAUUUAACAUAAAGGCGGAUCUUUAUAUUGUUUUACUUUUUCGUCUUCCCAAAGAGCUAUAUAAUGUAUUGAAAAAAAUCUUCAGGAGUUGUCACAUGAGCAAGAUUUUUUUUUUCAUUCCUGUAAAAUGAGAAACUAUAUGUAGAGUAAAAAGGUAAAUAUUUAUUGAUAUAUAGGUCUUUAUCUGUGUUAUAAUGAAUUUAUAAUGUGAAUAAGGUAUUGAUCAGUCUCGUUGUGUGAACUCCGUCUCAAUGUAGCACAGUGUAACACCACUAAGUGGCAGCAGCAUUACCAGGUGCUUCUCUCUCUUCAUUCUCAUCUUCAUCUUAUGAGCUUAUAGUUCCUUUUUUAUCAUCAUUGCAUUUUCCCAGUCAUCAUAAUGCUGCCUUCAAAUCCAGGAACAUUUGUAUUUAUGAACUUUCACACCUCCCAACAACGACUGCUAAAAGAGUAGAAUUUUUUGGGAAACGUUUGGAAAA